CACACACAAAUACAUGAAGGUCCCAAAACCAAGUAGUGGUACAAUGUACAUGUACAUUACAGCUGAAAACUAUAUGGGCUCAAAAAUAGAGCUCAAUAAGAAUCAGUGUUGUUGAGCCCAAUUUGAUAAAAUUAUAUUUCUAAUUUUUUUUAAACAACAAAACCCGGUAGUUCCAUCCUCUUGGCGCAGAUACUAAAAUCAAAUGGCGCGUAAAAAACAAUACGGCGUCUGGUCUUAAAAGUCAAAAGUCAACAACUUCUUAACCAAAACGAAAAAUUUCAAACCAAAAUAGAGGAAACAGAGAAUCAUCUUCGUUCCCUCCAUAACACAGAGCCCUCUUUCAAGUUUCAGAAUUUUUAGAACAAUUCUGAAAAAUCCCUCCACAAGACAAAAUGAAAACUUCAAAUAUCAAAAUCUCAGAUCCGUCACUUCUAAAAAUCUGGUUCAAAGUCCCUCCUAUUCACAUUCUUCAUAUACAUUUCCUCAGUUCCUCCUUCGAUCCUCAAUUCACCUCUCUCCCUUUCUCUUAUCUCUUCUCUGCUACAUCAAUGGCUGCUCUUGAUUUGAAGUCUCAAAACGACAACAAAGAGAAUAUCCCACCUUCAAACAUGGCCACGAUACUUGCCAAGCCUCUAGAUUCUUCUUCAUCCAUUGAUAAAGAAAAAACCCAAAUCAGAAUAAAAAGAAAAAGAUCUAGGAAGCCUCUUCGAGACAUCACCAAUCUCUUUGUUUCGUCAUCAACACUGUCCUCUUCGUUUACGAUUCGUCACGUUCCCUCUUCGCCAUCGUUAUCACUAGAUCCAAAAUGGAUGAAGAGAAGAUCUGGUGUUGUUGGUCUCAAGGCUGCUACUUCUUCUUCGACCUUCUCUUGUGUAAAUUUCAGAUGAUUUUUUUCUUCCUCUAGAUGGAUUCUUUUCCUUUUAUGGAAUCUGUAUUCACAUUUUGUAUUAGGCCGUCAUUAGCAUUAUUCAUAUGUACCAAAACACACAAGAUUUAUUUCCAUGAAUACAACUCUGGUUAUGAUUCUUGCAGAUUAAUUAUUUGUUCAAUAUCAGUAUAGUUGUAUCCCCAAAUCAACAAAUAAUACUCUACACAGUGUAUACAUGUGAUUUGAUCUAGUAAAGUUAGUGAUUGCUAAUUCUUUCCCAGUCUUUUUUUUUGUAUUCUCACAAAAUUCAUCAAAUUUUUGUUUUUUUGAAUUCAUUCUAUAUGUCAUCAUGAGUAAAAAAUGCUCUAGUGAUUUACUGAUGUGUAGCAUAAUAUUUUUUGACAGUCAAAUUUUGGUAUGACACCAUAUAUUGAUUUGGAUAAGAAGUUAUUCAUCAGUUAAAACAUAAUUACAAUGUGAUUGGUUCGAAACUUAUCCUUUUAACUAAAUCACUUAAACCUCGACUUAGUGGAAAUCUUAAACCAUCACUACCACACGUCCCGACAAUUGACAAUACACAUAUUAUAAUAUCCUUACUCAAGAAUAUAUAUUUUUUUUUUGGGGGUUGAAACUUUUUUGAAUAUUCUUCUUGUAAUGAAAUCUCCUGAUAUGAAUCAAAAAUUUGUAGAUAGAAAAAUAGUGAAAAUGUCCAACUCCACACCAAUCCAAAACCAACACAAAGACACAUAUAAGUGCACUCGCCCUUUGACCUCAAUUUUCAUAUUUUACACCUUUCCUUUUCUAUCUUAUUGGAUUUUCAUGAAUCACCAUCCUCGUCCAUUAUCAUUACCUCGUAUUAUUAACUCUCUCUUUCUCACACAUACGUAUUAUAAUAUUUGUGUGUGCGCAUGCACAUAUAUAUCACUGGAUAGGGACGGUCGAGAGUUAUAAAAUAUAUGGUGUAAGGUUUGGUAUUGAAUAUUUUUUGCUUUAUCGACAUGAUUAUUUUACAUUUAUUAUAAUAUUAGCACUUAAAGCCGUCGCUUAUCUCGUCUCUUUUAACAGUCCAAUGUAAAGAAUAUUCAUGAGAUUCAUAUCUUUCUUAGUUUUGAUGAUGUAAUUACGGAAACGAUCGUAUAAAUGGAUAAAACUCUGUAUC